UCAAUCUAUUUCAUCUUAUUUAAACGGGUACUACAGUAUAUCGUGUCCGUGGGUGUUUAGUAGUUGCUCAAUUCUGAGAACGAGUUAAUAUCGAAUAGCAUGAAGAAGCUAGCUUGAGCCUCCUGGGUUAACCAUGAACAUUCUCCCCAAGAAGAGCUGGCACGUCCGCAACAAGGACAACGUCGCCCGGGUGAGGAGAGAUGAAGCUCAGGCAGCCGAGGAGGAGCGAGAGGCCAAGCGGAGAGUGGAGCGCGCAGAGCAAGAGGCACGGACCGAGUUUCUGCGACGGAAAGCCCGAGCCGCUGUCCAGUCGGAAGGAGGAGGAAACCUCGAGGUUAACAAUGAUGAUCAAACUGGAGCCUCGGAACAUCUCAACCUCUUUCCCGUUGAGGAGUCUGUGGAGAAGAAGGACAAUGAGGAGUAUCUCAAGGAAAAGAAAGAGGAGAAGGAGAAACAGGAGCGUGCCAUCGGCUUGCUGGUUUCACUGGGGCCGCAGCCGGGGACCGAGGUCACGCCGUGGUACAUGAAAACGGGCCAGGAGAAGGAAGAGGAGAGGAAGGAGAAGGAGAAGAGGAGCGAGGCGAGGGGUGACAAAAGGAAGGAGUUGAGCGAGGAGGAGCGGGAGAAGAAGGACCGUCGGCUGAAGGACAGUUUGGACCCGUUGAAGGAGAUGAAGAAAGCUUUGGGCGGGGCCGGCACCGAGAUGCACAAGAGCAAGAAGAGAGAGAAGAGAGACAAAGUGGAAAAGAGGAGCACUGGGGGAAGCUCCAUCGAGAGACUUCGAGCGGAGCGUCUGCAGCGCGAGGCGGAGGAGCGGCGGCGGGCCCUGGCGCUGCUGGCCCAGCGAAACGGCAAGGACAAGGAGUCGGGCGGGGAGCUGAACGAGCGCGAGCGGCCCUACAACAGCGCCUACUUCCCGGAGUUGGCCCGCAAGCGGCAACGACGCGACAGGGACAGCUGGAGGGACGAGAUUUUAAAAUUGUGAACUGUUGGCUUUGACCCAGAACAAAGACGAGAGGGAAUCAACGCGACGUAUUUACGUAUUCUGUAAAUAUUUUGUUUAGGACUGAGAAGUGUCAGAAUCUUUUGAAAAUUGAACUUCAUUUCAGGAGGCAAGGUACCACUGUAUGUUGUUCAACUUAUUUAUGUAAUAUUGCAGUGCAGUUGUACACCAGUGCUAAACUACGACCUAUAAUCACAAAUAUACCGUACUGUUUAAGUAAUACCUCUCAAAAGUUGGCAUUAAUAACUUUGUAAAGGUAGUGCUGUGAGUGUUUCUUUCUCUGGACUUAAAGGGGAAAUCCACUGGUUUUCAUGAACAGUGUAUCCAAGGUCAUGUAAUAUGUACUGUAUCUUGAAAAUGUGAUGU